CAUAACGAAACGACGAAACGCCAUAACGAAACGACGAAUGGAACAUUUUGUCCAGGAUCUACCUUCAUAGUAGAGCUUGUUGACUUUUGAGUUACAAAUUUUGAACUAGCGGAAGCUGAAAGCCAGUGAAUAUUUAAUGAUCUAGAUGACAGCUGCAAAGGUUGGAUUUCCAUCUUGUAGCAAAAAUACAAACACGAUCCCAACAGCCGAGGAUAAUUCGAAAUAGUGACAACAGAUUUUAAGUUCACCCAGGCCAGUUAUGGAUGUAAAGGACAUUUUGUUAUGGCGAGAUGUCAAAGUGACUGCAAUUGUAUUUGUCAGCGGUUUUGUCCUCCUAAUCUGCCUGACACAGUUCAGUGUGGUCAGCGUUCUUACAAACAUAGCACUGGUUUGCCUCGCUCCUAUGUUAGCCCUACGACUGCUGCUGACUGCAAGAUCUGCGUUUCUCAGAACUGAAUUUGAACACCCUCUCAAGGCGUAUUUAUCUAAAGACAUAGAGGUUUCCAAAGACAAGGCGGAUUUUGUCGGUGAGAAAGUUUCUGGGUUUGCCGUUGCCAUGUCGACGAAGCUGAGAGCACUCUUUCUUGUGGAUGAUCUGGCAGAUUCACUGAAGCUGCUAAUAGCCUUGUAUGUUAUUUCUUACGUGGCUCAGUGGUUCAGUGGCAUUACUUUGACAUUCAUCGCAUUUAUUGGAGCCUUUACUAUUCCAAAGAUUUACGACAUGUAUGGAACGGAGAUCAACUCGUGCCUUGGAAAAAUUAAAAGUGCUGUAGAAGAUGCCACUGGAAAAAUUACUUCCAAAGUGCCGAAAGGAACGAAGAAUCCGGCCGACAAGGAAACUCAAGAAGAAAACGACAAUGACAAGAAAGUAUCAUGAGUGAAAUCACUUACUUAACACUUUUGAAAUUAGUAGGAUCGUUUUUUGAAUGUUAGCAAUUAUUAUGUACGUGUCUGGUUUUAUUUUUCUGAACUAAUUCUUCCUCUCGGACGCUUUUCAUCUAGUUUAUUAAGCCAUUCCGUAUAUUUAUCUAGUCAAUUUUUAUUUAUUUUUUUUUUAUAUAGAUAUCUAAAUAAUUCAUUUGUUGCCUUUGAUGGACUAUGUAAAAUUAACAAACUGUUCGCUGACUCAGUUUCGUUUCCGGGGCAGCUCUAUUUAUUAUAGUUAGCGGGGCUCGGGGCGGAAAUGCGCCAAACUUGUUUAACUUACUUGUCUUAAAAGGUUGUAUCUUAGAAUACUUGCGUCCAAGACAUAGAAGUGUUUGAUAAAAGUCGGCUGAGCCAUAGUUAAAACAUGAAAAAGGGUCGUAUUCCUUAAAACACGACACGUUAAGCCAGGAUAACAUCAAUUUUUUUUACUUAGUUUUAAGGCUGUGCAGACAGUUGUACUGUUUUUCCUUACAAGCGCACUGACGUAACCUUAAAACUUUGGUCGUAAUUUCUGCCUUCAUUCAAGGGAAAUUGAAAACUAAGUUAAAUAAUUGAUCUUAGAUGAACACUAAUGGGCUUUCGAGCAACUUGUCGACCCUGAAUGAUUGAUUUUGAAAAGAAGAAAAAUCGUUUUGUUUUAAUCGGGAACACAGAAGAUUUUAAAAAGUUGGAUGGCACUAGCGGAUCAUUAACUUUUCCUCCCGGAAUGAUUUCUGAUGCACUAUAGUAAGUGAUUUCAAGAACAGAUUACAUUUACCGAGAAAAAUUAGCGUACGAAUAACAUUUCCCAAAGAGGUAUAACCUCAAGUGUAUGCUUGGCACUGAGCGGUGACAAAGUAUUGUAAAACUCAGGUGAUAAACACGCUGAAGUCAUGAGAA